UCCCCCUUCUGAGGUUCCUCUUCAGCCUUGGAGUUUGAAAAAUAAUCAGAAAAGGAAUAUUAAAUUAAGUGGCUCUUUGCACAGUUAGUGGCACUGCAUGUGCUCAGGAAUAUUACAGUUUUUUUGCUUUAUAUGCAGCAGUCCCACCUUCCAUCCAUUAUAAUUUCAGUGUCUGUAUAUAUAAUCACUCUCUUCUCAUUGUUACUCCUCCCUCCCUUUCUCCUUCCCUUUCUAAUUUAAAUUAUAUCUUACUCGCGAUUGAUAGAAAUGGGUGAAGAAGCUAAACAGAAACAAGCUACAGCAGAGGAAAAGAAAGAGGAGAAAGCAGAAGAGAAAAAAGAAGAGAAAACAGAGGAGAAUAAGGAAGAGAAGCCACAGGAUCAGGAGAAGGAAGAGCCAAAACCACCAUCUCCAUUAAUCUUGUACGUGGAUUUGCAUUGUGUUGGAUGUGCCAAGAAGAUCGAGAAGACAAUAAUGAGGAUUAGAGGAGUGGAGGGUGUUGAGGUUGACAUGGCUAAAAACGAAGUGACUAUAAAGGGGAUAGUGGAGCCUCAAGCUGUGUGCAUGAAAAUCAUCAAAAAGACUAAAAGAAGAGCAAAAGUCUUAUCCCCAUUACCAGCAUCUGAGGGUGAACCCAUCCCAGAAGUUGUUACUUCACAGGUUACUGGAUUAGUGACAGUGGAACUCAAGGUAAACAUGCACUGUGAGGCCUGUGCAGAGCAACUUAAGAGGAAGAUACUCAAGAUGAGAGGUGUUCAAACAGUCGUAACCGAGCUCAGUUCUGAGAAGGUCAUGGUCACGGGGACCAUGGAUGCAGAAAAGCUUGUGGCCUAUGUUUAUAGACGCACCAAAAAGCAAGCUCGAAUUGUACCACAGCCCGAGCCUGAGCCCGAGAAGAAAGAAGAAAAUAAGGAAGCCGAGAAGCCAGCAGAAGAAGCAAAACCUGAUGAAAAGAAAGAAGACAAUGGAGAAAAGAAAGAAGAUCAGGAAAAACCACCAGAAGAAGCAAAGAAAGAAGACAAUAAGGGUGCUGAAGAUCAAAUGAAGGAAUUAGAAGCCAUUAAGGAAGGUGGAGGUGAUGAGGAGGGUAUGAAGAGGAUGAUGUACUAUUAUGAUCAGCCACUGUUUGUGAUUGAACGAAUCCCACCUCCUCAGCUCUUCAGCGAUGAAAACCCGAAUGCAUGUUGCAUUUCAUAAUAAUUUCUUAUAAUAUCAAAGAAUGUUAUGAGAAUGUGAAGUGUCAAGUAGCAGCAGUACCACUCGCGUGAGGGUAUGAGUACUGAAGUUUGGUGGAAGGCGUCAAAUAAUUAAUGGAAUUAAAGCAAAUUGAUUAAUAAUAUAAAUCAAUAUUCUGUA